UUCGCUGAGAGUCAGGAUGAAAUAGCAGAGUUUGGGAACAUAGCUGAGGAAGUGAAAACCGCUGCGCCUGCAGACUACAACGGAGAGACAGAAAAGGAAAUAUAACCCAUAUUAUCAACCUUUGAAGCUCAUUUCUUCAAGACAACGGAAGAGUCACAAGACAUUUCACAUAUUCAGUUUAAGAACAGGAACAUUAUCUGGCUUUUGUGGCGUUAAAAAACGAGAGUUCAUUUUAGGAAAAGCUGAGCUGAAAAUGUGUGUUUGAGGAGAAGCGGAAGCUUUUUUUUUUUCUUUCCAGAAGUUGCACUAGUGGUUUUAAAGAGAAAGUAAAAACAUAAAACCUUUGUCACUGGCAAGAUGGCAUCUGUGAGAUACGAUCCUGGGUCAGAUACCAAAGAAGUUAAUGGCUUCAGUAUAGAAGAGAAGGUUGAGGCAAACAUACACAUUGAUGAUGGUAAAAUGGAGAGCAGUGAAACAGACACAAUGUAUCAACAAAUCAGAAAGAUGAUUGCUCCCUUUGUGAUGUCAUUUGGAUUUCGGAUUUUUGGUAUGCUGCUUAUAAUUGUUGAUAUCACCGUGGUCAUUGUCAACCUUGUCACCUUGUCAAACAAUGCCAGUAUCUUUGAGGGGAUUUCUCUGGGGAUUUCUUUCUUCUUCCUUGCUGAUGUGCUAUUGAGAGUCUACGUGGAAGGGUUCAAUGCCUACUUCAAUUCUAAGCUGAACAUUGUCGAUGCCUGUAUUGUUUUCGUCACCCUGAUCAUCGCUAUGGUGUUUGCCCUUUCCGAUGUCUCUGGGGUAGCACUCAUUCCCAGGAUGUUAUCCUUCCUGAGGGCAAUGAGGGUCUUCAUCCUUAUUAGGAUCGUCAGGAUUGCCUCUCAAAGGAAGCACCUUGAAAAGGCCACCCGACAAAUGGUCUCUGAAAAUAAAAGGCGUUAUCAGAAGGAUGGCUUUGAUCUUGACCUCACCUAUGUUACCGAUCGCAUCAUUGCCAUGUCUUUCCCGUCUUCUGGAAAGCAGUCUUUUUAUAGGAAUCCUAUUGGGGAAGUUGCAAGAUUCCUGGAUACAAAGCACAUGGAUCACUACAGAGUGUAUAACCUGUGCAGUGAAAAAGGCUACAAUCCCAAAUUCUUCCAUCACAGAGUAGAAAGAAUCUUAAUUGAUGACCAUAACGUCCCUGCAUUGGAAGACAUGCUGAAAUACACUACAGGUGUUCGAGAGUGGAUGGCUGCCGAUCCUCGGAACAUCGUUGCCAUUCAUUGCAAAGGUGGUAAAGGUCGAACUGGAACACUAAUCUGCGCCUGGCUUAUUGACAAUGAACAGUGUGCAAAUGCAAAGGAAAGUUUACAGUAUUUCGGAGAGCGAAGAACUGACAAAAGUAUGAGUUCAAAAUUCCAAGGAGUUGAGACCCCGUCCCAGAGCAGAUAUGUUGGCUAUUAUGAAAUCUUGAAAAAGAAAUACAACAGGCAGCUGCCGCCAAGCAAGAGUUUGAAAAUAAGGAGCAUAAGAAUCCACUCUAUAACUGGUGUUGGAAAAAGCAAUGGCAGUGAUCUCAAGGUGAAGAUUAUUUUGAAAAAACAAAAUGCAUUUCAAUGUGUUUGUGCUACUCAGGAAAGCUGUAAGCUGUUUUUUGAUGCUGGUGGUAACGCCGCUGUUAUAAGCUUACUUGAGUGUCCUGUUUUAUGUGGAGAUGUGAAAAUCAUGUUCGAGUCUAGUGCAGGACUUCCUAAAGGUUAUGAAGACUGUCCGUUCUAUUUCUGGUUCAACACUUCUUUCAUUGAAAAUAACAGGCUUUACCUGUCCAGAGAGGAACUGGACAACCCCCACAAACCAAAGACAUGGAACAUCUUCAAGGAGGACUUUGCUGUAGAACUGGCUUUUUGUGAUCCAUAGCGCUGGAAUCUCUGUGCUGUGGAAACACUGGUUACAACAGGUUUCAAAUAUAAGCAUGGCAUCUUUGUUCAGAUUUGUUCAAAUAUUUUUUUCAAAGGGUAUAUAUCACAUAGUUGAUUACCAAAGUCUAUAUAAGGUUGUCUUACCGGACAGAUUUAGUGGUUGAGUGGUUUACUGCUUUCUAUUUUUUAUGAAACACGGCGCCCAAAACGUUUUCUUCAGCACUGUUUUGUAGCCCAUUUUGAUGAGUUAAAGCAUACUUCCAUUUAAUUAAACUCUUUUUUUCAGCUGUUAUAGGGCAGGUUUGUUUUUCAAAACAUUGCUUAAUCUGAUAAUGUUUUUAAACACUAGUCAAUAAAGCAGUUGUUAAAAAAAAAACAUUCCUUCAUGUUUUGUAAAUAGGGUUAGCAGUAAAUAACAGAUUUUCCCUGUAUUGUUGUUUUCUUUUGCGUGAAUUGUCUGUGCUGAAUUAAAUGGUGAGGCCUUCCCCUUCAACUAUUAGAAAAUAUACAUUUCUUAAUUAAAAAAAGCAAAAAACAAAAUAUUUCCAAACAGUUAAUAUCUUCAAAUGCCAAAUGGUUAUGGAAACAGGAAUGGGAGGACUGGUACCAUUAAAAUAUACAUAUUUGUGAUUGUAACGUAAGUACUGUAGUUGUAUAAGAAUUAUAACACUAAAUACUGUGAUUACCUAGCCAAAACUAUUUUAAAGAUAAUAUUAAGGAUUUGUGUGAAUUGUGAUUUGUAAAAUUGAUUCUUUUCAAUAUUCAAUAAAAAAAAAAAAUGUUCAAUAUAUUUUACACAUGGUCCAUAGACUUUAUACAGACUGUAUUUACAAAAAUAAAAGGCAUUUAGGAAGUGGUAGAGAUCUUUUACCAAUGUUA